CAACCGCGAACCGUCUUCAAAAUCGGCGUAUCCGUGGAGAACUAAAGUCGUGGGAUUCUACUGUUCAGGAUGUCUUCUUCGGUUACUUGCGUGGCUCCUGUGAAUAUUGCAAUCAUAAAAUACUGGGGAAAGCGUGAUGAUGACCUCAUUUUGCCGAUCAACGAUUCGAUUAGCGUUACACUUUCGACGGAACAUCUCCGCACAAAAACGACGAUUACGGCGGGCCCAGAGCUGUCGAAGAAUGUUUUACGGUUGAAUGGUGUGGAGGAAUCGUUCGAUAAUCCACGUAUACAGCGAUGCCUGUUGGAAGUACGCCGGAAGGCUCGCGAGUCGGGAAAAUGUACACGGCCGGAACUGCUCGAGUGGAACAUCCACGUGGAAUCGGAGAACAACUUUCCCACUGCCGCCGGUUUGGCAUCGAGUGCCUCGGGAUAUGCCUGCUUUGUUUACACUCUGGCAACGCUUUACGGAAUCGAAGGUGAGGAACUGAGUGGAAUUGCACGGAUGGGCAGCGGGUCAGCUUGUCGCAGUCUCCACUCGGGAUUCGUGCAAUGGGUAAAGGGCGAACGGGCGGAUGGUGCGGACUCUGUCGCUGUCCAGCUGGCACCGGAUACUGCCUGGCCGGAGAUGCACGUUCUCAUUUUGGUGGUAAACGAUCGUAAGAAAGCCACCGCGUCUACGCACGGAAUGGCCACUAGUGUGAAAACAUCGGACCUACUCCGGUACCGUGCGGCGACCUGUGUUCCGGAACGUGUGGACCAGCUGAAGAAGGCCUUGGAGGAACGAGAUUUCGAUACAUUCGGCCGCAUCGCCAUGAAGGAUAGCAAUCAGUUCCAUGCCGUUUGCCUGGACACCUAUCCACCGUGCUUCUACAUGAACGAUGUUUCUCGUUCCAUCAUUCGAUUGGUGCACGCAAUUAAUGGUCGCACGGGAGCGGACGCCCCGGUUAAGGUUGCCUAUAGCUUCGAUGCCGGUCCGAAUGCCUGUUUGUUCUUACAAGAGCGAGACGUUGCGGAGGUAUCGGCUAUAGUACGCCGUGUCUUCCCAUUUAAUCAUUGCUCCGAGGCAGAGUAUUACAAGGGCAUUCCGAACGAUGAAGCAGCAUUGAAUGCUGUGCCAAGCGAUGUGCUAGAAUCGUUCGUUCCUGAAGAACCGAAUUUGCUGCGCUAUAUUAUUCAUACUAAGGUUGGCGAAGGACCGAAACGCGUCGAUUGAUGAUCAUUCCACGUUGUAGUUUGGUUUAGGUUUGUGGUUGGCGAAAAUUACGGUUUCUUUGGGAUUCUCAUGGGUUGUUCUGGGCCAGUUUGUUCAUACCGUUAUCGGUGCAAAGUACUUAUUUAUGUUUUUGUAAUAAAACUCGUAAAAACGGA